CAGCAGCAGCGGCAGUUCUACCGGUAGCAGUUAACCCCACGCCACAGCAACCCACAUGGCGGGCGGCGACCACGGCUCCUCCGACGCGGCGGCGGAGCUCCGGCGGGGCUUCGAGACCCUCGCCGUGACCCGGCCGGACCCGUCCGCGGGCUUCUACGAGGUCCGUCUCAACCGCCCCGCGCAGCGCAACGCGCUCAGCCCGGCCGCCUUCGCCGAGAUCCCGCGCGCCAUGUCCCUCUUCGACCGCCUCCCCGCCGCGCGCGCCGUCGUGCUCUCCGCCGCGGGGCCCCACUUCUGCGCCGGCAUCGAGCUCGGCGGGCCCGGGAACCCGCUCACCGCGGCCGCCGCCGGGGGCGCCGACCCCGCGGCCGCGGCCGAGGGGCUCCGCCGCGUGAUCUUCGGGAUGCAGGAGGCGCUCACGGCCAUCGAGCGGUGCCGGAAGCCCGUCAUCGCCGCGGUGCACGGCGCUUGCAUCGGAGGCGGCGUCGACGUCGUCGCGGCCUGCGACAUCCGCUGCUGCUCCAGGGACGCCACGUUCGUGCUCAAGGAGGUGGACAUGGCCCUCGUCGCCGACCUCGGCGCGCUGCAGCGCCUGCCGCGGAUCGUCGGCUACGGGAACGCCGCAGACCUCGCGCUCACGGGGCGCAAAAUCACCGCCAUGGAGGCCAAGGAGAUGGGCCUUGUCAGCAGGGUCUUCGAUUCCAAGAAAGACUUGGAUGCCGGCGUUGCAAAAAUCGCCAAAGAGAUAGCUGAGAAGUCGGCAUGGGCAGUGAUGGGAACCAAGGCUGUUUUGCUCAGAAGCAGGGAUGUGACUGUAGAACAAGGCCUGGAGCAUGUAGCCACAUGGAAUGCGGCGAUGCUGAGAUCUAACGAUCUAAAAGAGGCCAUCAGAGCCUUCCUGGAGAAGCGGAAGCCUGUGUUCUCCAAGCUGUAAUAAUCAGAUACGAUACCCCUAUGUAUCAGGAAGCGAAAAGAUAAUAAAGUGAGUUGUUAGAAGCAGGCAGGAAGUACCAUCUGUGGUUACAAUUGGCGAUGCGAAACAUCCAUUGUUGUUGGGGGCCAAAAUAGAACCGAAGUUUUUUCGGUUGAUUAUGUCAGAUGAUCCCAGGGUGUUCCUGCUUUGUUGCCUGCUCCAGCUUGUACUGAGUCAUUUCUUCUUCAUCAUAUAUGACAAUGAAUGUCCAAAUUCUCUCAAUCCCCCAGAUGAUUGAUUGUUCUUU